AUGCCUUCAACGACCACCAGCUUUGAUGUUAGCUCUCGUCGAAAGAGUUCCUUACACGAGAUCCCUGCAUCGUCAACAUCACACCCAGACAACCCAAUUCCUGAAGAGCCUCGUGGUGUCCGUACGCUCUCGGUGUCUGAAUUAUGUUUCAACGGUUCACCGGCCUCUCGAGAUAGUGACUCGCUCGACUCUGACGCUUCGAACUCUCCCAUCACCCCGCCUAGUGAGGCUCACGAUGGAGUUGAGUAUAGGCUCAAGUCAGACAGUCGCCCUCGGCGAGCCUCGACUGUCUUGAUCUCCCAGAGUACAGACGAUAUGCGACGUGUCUUAGAGAGUGUGGGCACCGGCGGCACGCAAAAGAUCCAGUCUUUGUGCUGUGGAGGAGGCUGCUGUCGCGGACGUUCACUGCAGACGUUGGACGGCCCCAUCUCAGGUUUCAAUUCGAUCGCAGCACCUACCAAUGCCGCUUUCACUAGCUUGCAACUCAACCUGGAUAUGCUCACAAUGGACAGCCAACUGAGCGAGAUCGCUCCUCUCCCCGAGAAGACGGUUUCAUUCAAGCCUGCUCCCUCGUAUGCCACUUCCAUCCGGCUGGGUCCUUCGGACCAUCCACCUCAAUUUGUGCAGCCGCAUCCUCCAUACGAAGUAUACCGGGCUCCGCUUCACCAUGCUCGUGAGUUGACCAAGGAUGGUGCUGAGAAGCGGACGUAUCAUUUUGACAUCGAUGUCACUGAUUAUCCCGCUGAGAGUGGGAUGGUUGAUUUUGUUGUCGGUGGAGCAAUUGGGGUCUGUCCCAAAAAUAAGGAUGAAGAGGUUGAGGAUAUCUUCAAUUUAUUGGGAGUCCCCCGAUCGAUGCGUGACCGAAAAGUGUGCAUGAUGACGGCGAGUGGUCGAUGGCCGACCAUAUGGGGCGAUGAAAAGCCUCGUGAGCUCAUCACUUCUCGACGAGAAGUUCUUAGUUGGUGUUCCGAUAUCCAGAGCUACGCGCCUACGAAGGCUUUAUUCCGCCUGCUAGCCGAGUAUACGACCGAGCCUAACGAGAAGAAGAUACUGGAAUAUCUGUCGUCUGCAGAGGGCCAAGGCGCAUUUUGUGAUCUUCGCACCAGUUCCCAUGUCAGCCUUUCACAGCUUCUUCACGCAUUUCCCUCUGCGCGGCCUCCUUUGGAUCACCUUCUCUCGGUCUUGAAUACGCUCAUGCCUCGAUUCUACUCUCUGUCUCAAGAUCCCAUGAUUUCGUGCCAGUUCAAGGGUAAUGAAUGCCGCCGUUUGGUUGAGGUUGCAGUCACCGUUGCUGAGUCUCCGGACUGGCGAGGUGGGUCGCGUACCGGCGUGAGCUCCGGCUAUCUAGAGCGGCUUGCGCGGCAGGCAAUCGAGGCUCAGGCAAGGGGCGAGAAGCACGAUCUUCACAUCCCGAUGUUCCGUGGUCUAAUGGCCAAUCCCCUGGCCAAGCGAUUCGCUUCUGACGGCCCUAUGCUGCUCAUCGGCGCUGGAGUCGGUGUCGCUCCCUUCCGAGGUUUCGUUCAGCGUCGGUUGCAAUCGGCCAAUUGCGCCAACAAAGUAUGGGUUCUUCAGGGCGUACGCGACUCUCUUCUGGACGAACUCUACAGUGGCGAGUGGGGUGUUGACGAAGACAAGGUUCGAACCGUAGUUCAGAGUCGUCGUGGCGAAAGUCGCUAUGUCCAGGAGGAGGUACGCCACCAGGCCGAUCUUGUUUGGUAUGUGAUCAACGCGCUUGACGGACGUGUGUUUGUGUGCGGUAGCGGGAAGGGUAUGGGUGAAGGUGUAGAGGCUGCGCUUGUUGAUGUCGCAAUGGCGAAGGGCAAUUUGAAUGCGAGGGAGGCAGAGCUGUUUUGGCAGCGUAAGAAGGAGGCUGGGCAAUAUAUCGCGGAAACUUGGUGA